UCUACGAUCAACUCUCAUCAUUGUCUAACACUGCGCACCUGAAAACCACGAAGAUGCUCCACGGUAGUUUUCGGAUCUCAAAGCUUUGGCAAUCUCCGAUAUCUCCGCCGUUCAGCUUCCCUCAUCGUUUGCUCAUCAAAUUUGAAUUCUCCUCUUUAUUUCAAGCUAUGCGAAGGUCUGGGACUAAGAUUUCUUCAGUGCUUUCGAUUGGAAAAUCCCCAUAUGGCAGGUCACUUUUUGCUUCUGAAAACAUUCGAAGUGGGGACUACAUACUGAAAGUUCCUUACAGCGUGCAUAUAAAACCAGACAAUCUUCUUCCAAAGCUUAAAGCUUUACUAAGUGAUAAAAUCGGGAUUAUUUCAAAGCUAGCUGCUGUCCUUUUAGUUGAGCAAAAAAUGGACCAGGAUUCCGGAUGGGCCCCUUGCAUCCAUUGCCUUCCUCGACAUGGGGAAAUUCAUAGUACGGUAAAUGUUUCUUCAUCUUUUGGUUUUGAAGCUUUUUGA